AUGUCUGGUCCGGUAACUACCGAUAAGGCUGUGGCUGGCCCGCUUCCCGCGCUCACGGCCCCAAGCCCUGUGAGACCACAGUCAUCCAAAGCAUCAACCUAUACAAUGUUCACUGUGAUGUUGAUGCUACUUAUCAACAUUGCGAUUGUGGUCUUACUAGGUCUGCUUGUGCGGAAGCUAUUCGAGGUCCAUUCGAUCCUGGACCAUGGACAUGUCUAUGUCCAUGCCAGCAUCGUCAAUGACAAUAUCGAACCCUUAAGUGUCUCUGUCGUUAAUACUGGCUACGAUGCCAUUCCCGUGACUAUGUAUCGGUAA